CCACAUGUAAACAUCGGACCCUGAUGCAACGUGAUGACUACUCGAUCCGCAGUCCUCCACUCCUUCGGGGAUCGAUAACGUUAGAGGAAGCCUUGGACCAGGAAGAGGAUAUGCUGCUCGAGCUAUCCUUCCCCAAGUCCCGAAUAGAGUUCUUCGUAUCUCUAUACAGCCGCCGCCAAUAUAUCGCAAUGCUCGUCGCGGACCAUCUACAAUCAAGUCGAUGGGAGCAGUGCUUCGUGGAAGAGGUCAAGGAGUGGAUCCACGGCAGUUUCAACGUCUGCAUCCCGGUUCGGAUCGAAAGUCGGACCAUGCAGUCGCCCAAACGCGUGAUGAUCCGAUUCCCUCUACCGUACAAAGUAGGCGAGGCUUUAAAUCCAGGCAAUGUGGAUGAGAAGCUCCGCUGUGAGGCCGCUACCUUUAUCUGGAUAGGUCAGCAGCAGCUUGACAUCCCGAUUCCUCGGCUGUGGGGGUUUGGGUUCCCUGGUGGUCAGACUUUCAGUAUACCCAAACACAUGUCUCUCAUGGCGAGAAUUUUCUGGUACGCCAAGCGAUGCGUGUCGUGGCUGUUGGGCCGUCCUUUGCCCUGCCCAUAUAUCAGCCACCGUCGACAACACAUACUAGACCACGGCUACCUCGUCAUGGACUACAUCGACGAGCCAGGAGUUCGAAUGCUAUCGGAAACCUGGAGCGAACUUCCACACGCUGGCGACAAAACAACCAAUCUCUACCGGGACUUAUCCCGCAUAAUGUUGUCUUUGAGCCAACUCCCACUACCCCGUAUCGGCUCUUGGACGAUCGACACAAACGGUGUCCCGCAACUGACCAACCGUCCGCUCACCCUUCGCCUGCAUCAGUUGGAGAACGCUGGGAUUUCAACCAAUAUCGGCCGCAACUUGACUUAUAGUUCCGCUGAUUCCUACUACCAUGAUAUUCUAUCCUGCCACGACAGCCGUCUACGACAUCAGCCGAACUCGAUGCAUGAUGAGGACGACGGACGCGCCCAAAUGGCGAAUUUGACCAUGAUGCGGGCGCUUCUUCCGCACUUCACCGACCGACAACUAUCCCACGGGCCUUUCUUCUACCGGCUCACCGACCUCCAUCAAAGCAACAUCUUUGUCGACAAGGACUGGCACAUCAGAUACCUGAUCGACCUGGAGUGGACGUGCUCUCUGCCAGUGGAGACUUUACGUCCCCCGUACUGGCUGACCGGCCGGCACGUUGACGACAUUCUCGGGGAACAUCUCGACACAUUCAGCGAGGCCCACGGCAAAUUCGUGGACAUAUUUCAGGAGGAAGAAAAGCGUUAUCCGCCUCUCUUCAAUGUCUCCGCCUACCGGACAAACGCCAUGAGACGAGGGUGGGGAGUUGGAAAUUUCUGGUACUUCCAUGCCUUGGAUAGUGCUAAAGGUCUAUUCAAUAUUUUCAGAGACCAUAUUCAGCCCAGAUUUUCAGCAUCUCAGAGCGCUGAUCCCACUGGCUUCUCGAGCAUAGUAUCUGAGUACUGGUCAGUGGAUACAAAGGCUCUCAUUGGAGAGAAGUUGAAAGCCAAGGAGAGAUAUGAGAAUGAGCUGCGCCUGCGCUUUCAAGAUGUAACUGACGACAAAUGACAUUAAGACAUAGUAUCAAGCAUUCCUCAGAGCCAGGACCGAAACCAUAACUAUAAUAGUCCCUGCGAAACUGUCUCAUCCCUUCCUGCGUCG